AUGCGUUACGCAACUCGCGGUGUCCCGUCGACGCCGCUCCUGCAGACAUCCACCUACUACAGCGUGAACCUGGAGAGCAUCUCAAUCGGCGCCGCGACGACGGCCAGAACCGGAAGCAGCGGCAUCAUCUUCGACUCCGGCACCACGCUGACGUUCCUCGCGGAGCGGGUGUACACGCUGGCCAAGGCGGCUGUCCUGUCGCAGACGGCGAACCUCACCAUGGCCCCCAGCAGGGACGGGUAUGAGGUCUGCUUCCAGACAUCCGGCGCCGUCUUCCCGUCCAUGGUGUUGCACUUCGACGGCGGCGACAUGGAUCUGCCGACGGAGAACUACUUCGGGGCGGUGGACGACACCGUCAGCUCCUGGAUCGUGCAGAAGUCGUCGAGCCUGUCCAUUGUCGGAAACAUCAUGCAAAUGAACUAUCAUAUCCGCCACCACAGUUGA